UUCAACCCUGGUGCCUUGCCAAGGAUGUUAUACAGUUCACUGCCUUUGCUAAAAACUCGUCUCACUUAAAAAAUCAAUGCCUAAUUUUUUGAUAUAUAAAGCAGAACGAACACGCUAGAUGUAAUUUCCACCAUCACCAUGUUGCGUCUGUUGUGCAUCGCCCUGUCUCUUUUCUUAUCCCUUCAGCUCGCUGUUGCAGACCCUGCCUCAGCAGUCUUACGAGUUCCACGUCACUCCAAGUCAUCGUCACUAGUACUGACCAAGUCCGUACUAUCAGCUCUCUUGGUUCGCCAAGGAAAUUUCACUGCUCGACAAGGAUGCCCUAGCGGAUAUCAGCAAUGUACCAACUACCCUACAGCAUGUGCCCCUAUUGGUAGCUUCUGUUGCAACGAUCUGUAUAACUGUCCAGACGACACCACCUGCUUCGAAUCCGAAUGUUGUCCCAAUACCGCGCAAACAUGUCAUGGAAAUUCCUGCUGCAACCCUGGUAGCGAAUGCUGCAACGACGACAGUUGUUGUGAAUCCGGCUACUCCUGCUGCAAUGACUCUACCGGGGGAUGCUGCCCUACUGGAACUACGUGCAUAGCAGGUUCUGAUCAAUGUUCCACUGGAGGCCCGACUGGUGGAGGUGGAACUAGUGUACUCCCUAGCGUUGCGGUUACUACUUCGUCCAAGUCAACCGUGCAACCAAAAACCACUUCUAGCAGCAGUCAUACAAGUACAAUCAACGAGCCCACAACAACUAAGUCUUCGAGUACUUCUUCGACAGCUUCAUCCACAGGGUCUACUUCCACUGGUUUGCCACAAAUUGGUGCUGCUCCUCGUGGUAUUGCACUCGCACCUGGGAAACAACUUGUGGCGUUGGCUGCAGUUGUUGGUUUGCCGAUCCUCCAUCAUGUCGUCCAGGCAUUGUGAACGCGCAAUAACACUUUUCUUCUUAUAAUCAGCAUUUGUCUAGGUUGUGAUUUAUGAUAUGUCAGAUAACGUCUACUUUGUUGCAUAAUAGGACUUGUAAUACGACGUUUUGCCUGCAGAUUGAUCUAGUUGGUUCGCGAUUGCGGGAGAUCAGGUCGAUCAAGCGCCUCCCUCCGUAAUCACGAGAAAUGACUCAUUGAGCAGCGAAGCAUAUAGUGAGAUGCAGGAUAAUUACAAUGUCAUCAAAGAGUCUUGUCAAACGGCCCUCGAGGUAUAAUAUAAUUAGCUGGCUCAAGCGCGCGGCUUUCUCGCGAAGAGUCCAGUCGGAAGCAGGAUCGUUAUUGAAGUACAAGUAGCUAUGCACACGUCAGUGAUGGGAGACU